AUGUCGUCAUCAGAGGAGCGUAGAGGAUCCACACAGCAUUCCUGUUCACCGUGGGGUCUGAUCUUGAAUCCACGGCCGGGCUCGGUGUCUCUCAGUGUAUUCCUGGUGUCUGUUGCGUCCGUAGUAUGUGCCGUUUGGCUGGUAGCUCUAUGUGGCGUCUGCACCUGGUGUCAACGUAAACUGGGGAAGAGGAAUAAGCCCGGGAUGGAGGCUGCCAGCUCUCCAGAAUCUGUGAGAGGUCGAGGGGAAAAUAAAGCCAUCAACCACAAUGAUCUGGACAGAGACUUUUGGAAUAACAAUGACAGCAGCAACGUGCAGCAGAGGUGGAGCUCCUACCCGCCCAAGGAGUUCCUCUUAAACAUGUCUCCAUAUGCUCCCUACGGAGACCCUCGCCUCACGCCCAAGUGAGUCUCAGUCAUGGCUGUAGAAGGUCCCUGUACUGAAGUCGACGUUCUGUCUCGUCUCUGUGACAUCUCAAGUCGAGGUCAGGGCGGGGCCGUGGAUAAGGGUGGGCAGGGAGGUGCUGGACCCUCGCCGGGGGCCAGUGACAGCGGGGUUGGUGCUUGCUCUGGGGCUGGGCCCAGUCGCAGUGACAGCGUUCGAAGUAUGCUGAUGGGGGGCAGCAAGGCCGGGCGCUGGCAGACGGUCCAGAGCCACAUGCAUGCCGGAGGUCUACGGUUUGGCAAUUUCGGGGACGCUUCUCUCUCGUCUGCUUCCACCCUGGAGCACAUCCCGUCCUCAGCCGUGGCACGCCCACGGCCCUUGGUCCGGCAGCAGAGCCUACAACAGCCCCUCACUCACCAGCCCCCUCCGGGCCCAAACGACCCCCCAGUCACCUCACAGAGUCUGGGCCAGCUGCACACAGGCCCAGGCGGCGGGGGCAACCGUGGGGGCCCGCGCGGGGUCCGGGGAAGUCCGGCUGGAGCCUCCCGGUACAGAGGUGGAGGGGCAGGUCGAUCGAGGUCAAACCCUGGCAGCUGGGAUCACAUGAUGGAGCAGAUCCGCCACAGAGGGCUGGACGUCAAGUCGUUCUUUGAGGGGAAGAUGGUUGUUCUGUCUCUAGCGAUCGGGCUAGCUGAACAGGAUGACUUUGCCAACCUCCCAGACCUGCAGGAAGCGCCAGCAAGCAAAGAAAACGAAACCACACCAGAAAAGAGGACUCCAGGUAACAAAGCAGGCAGCAGCCCCAGAGGUCAGACCCCAGACGAGAGCGGACGCCGACACGAUGCCAACUCCUCUGUUUCUGACUUGGCCAACUCAGUCACCAGUGACAUGCUCAUGUUGUCUCCAGGUUCAGAGGAAGAUGACCAUGAGGGUCCAGUGUGUGAGAAGCUGGGUCGUGUUCAGUUCAGUGUUGGAUACAGUUUUCAGGACUCCACCCUCACUGUCAAAAUUCUCAAGGGCCAGGAUUUGCCUGCUAAGGACUUUUCCGGCACCUCUGAUCCAUUUGUCAAACUCUACCUGCUGCCAGACAAGAAGCACAAGCUGGAGACCAAAGUCAAGAGGAAGAAUCUGAACCCCCACUGGAAUGAGACCUUCUUGUUUGAAGGGUUCCCCUAUGAGAAGGUGGUCCAGAGGACUCUUUACCUGCAGGUUCUGGACUACGACCGCUUCAGCAGGAACGACCCCAUAGGAGAAGUGUCCGUCCCCCUCAACAAACUGGACCUGGCCAACAUGCAGACUUUCUGGAAGGAGCUUAAACCAUGUAGCGAUGGCAGCGGGAGUCGAGGGGAUCUGCUGGUGUCUCUGUGCUACAACCCCACAGCCAACACCAUCACUGUGAGCAUCAUCAAAGCCCGCAACCUCAAAGCCAUGGACAUCGGAGGCACUUCUGACCCCUAUGUAAAACUGUGGUUGAUGCACAAGGACAAGCGCGUGGAGAAGAAGAAGACAGUGGUGAUGAAGCGCUGCCUGAACCCUGUUUUCAACGAGUCUUUCCCAUUUGACGUGCCUGCCCACGUGCUGAGGGAGACCACCAUAAUUAUCACCGUCAUGGACAAGGACAGGCUCAGUCGCAAUGAUGUCAUUGGAAAGAUUUACCUUUCAUGGAAGAGCGGCCCUGCGGAGGUAAAACACUGGAAAGACAUGAUGGGUCGUCCUCGUAAUCCAGUGUCCCAGUGGCAUGCUCUUAAGGCCUGA